AUGACCUUCACCCCCAUUGAGUCCGGCGUGGGCGGCCUGCUGAUUGGCCUGUCGGCUGCGCUGGCAUACUUGGGCGAUGGGAAGAUCACCGGGAUCAGCGGCAUCGUGGGGCCCUUCCUGCGCGGUGUGGGGAAGUGCGAGCCAAUGAAGGACGGCCAGCUGUGGAAAGCUCUCUUUCUCGUGGGCCUGGUCAUCGGUGGCCUCGUGAACCUUGCCUUCAAUCGAGAGUUCUCGUACCCGCAGGCCUUGGACAUUCCGCUGGCGAGGUACUGCGUCGGGGGCAUCUUCGUUGGCAUCGGCACUCGAGCGGGUCGGGGUUGCACCUCCGGGCAUGGCAUCUGCGGUCUUCCUCGUUUGGCUCCUCGCAGCUGGAUUGCAGUACCCACAUUCAUGGGCAUCGCAGCACUGACGGUGGCCCUAACCAGACAUGUAGCCAAGCUGGAUGCCAGCGGUCCAUGGGGAGUGGCACAACUCGAGUGGCCUCCAAAGUGGGAGUUCCCACUGGCAGCAGCCUUGUCCAGCCUGGUGCUUGCUGCGUUGGCCAUGAACUUGCCUUCCAAGGCCAGGAGCUUUGUCUCGCCGUUGGCUUGCGGGAGCAUCUUCGGCUUGGGCCUAGGCGUCUCAGGCAUGACAAAUCAAGCGAAGGUCUUAGACUUCCUGGACUUUGCGGGGACGUGGGAUCCGAGCCUGGCCUUCGUGAUGGGCAUGGGGCUUUGCGUCUCCUUCCCUGCUUUCCUGGUUGCUGAGGAUGAGGACAGGAAGCCUCUUUGUGGAGAGGGCUGCAACUUCGAACGGCCAUCGAAAACCGGGGACUACGUCUCAUUGGUGUUGGGCGCCACGUUCUUCGGCCUGGGAUGGGGACUGGUCGGCAUUUGCCCAGGACCUGCGCUGGCGGGCAUGAUCCCCUACAUGGUCUCAGACGGUUCUCCAGGGCUCUUUUUUGGUCUGUCUGUGGUGCUGAUCCUGAUUGCUUGGCUUGCGACGGACAAGGUCAUCACCCAGCUGAACUCGCAGCAGCCCGCGCAAUCAGCAGAAGCAAGAAAGCUGUUACAGGAUGAGAAGGCUUAG